GUGAAAACCGAAAACGAAGGAACAACAAAAUUCUUCUCCAACAAAUAACAUGUUUGCUUUUCAUCCCGAUGUGUCGUCACACUCUGGCUCCACCUUCGACGAACGCCGGUGGGUAAUUCAUCUCCGACAGAGUUUGAACGAGGAGAUCGAAGAGGACGCCGAAGUCCCUAUCAGCAUUUUCAGUGUACCUAAGACUUUAAUGGCUGCUGACCCAGACUCCUACGUGCCCCAAGAAGUGGCCAUCGGUCCGUACCAUUGCAGGCGGCCGGAGCUGUACGAGAUGGAGAGGUACAAGCUCGCCGCGGCUAAGAGAUUCCAGAAGAGUUUGCAGUCUUUCAAGUUUGGCCAUCUGGUUGAACAGGUGGCGAAAUAUGAGAAUAAAAUUCGUGCUCAUUAUCACAAGUUCUUGAAUUGCAACGGCGAAACUCUUGGGUGGAUGAUGGCGGUGGACGCUUCGUUCUUGCUUGAGGUCCUCCAAGCAUACGCCGCCGCACCUGACGACGGCCGAAAGACUGAGCUAAUGAAGAUUAGAGUUUCAUCCAUAAAGUCCCACUUGGCGGACAUUUCAAGCGUGAGAAUAUCAACAACCCUCGACAAUGCCAUUCUUAGAGACAUGGUGAAGCUGGAGAAUCAAAUCCCAUUGUUUGUACUACGUAAAAUUUUGGAACUUCAUCUGUCUUCCUCGGAGUCGGCGCAUGAUGUUUUAACAAGCAUGCUGAUAGGGUUUUGUAAAGAGGUUUCCCCUUUGAAGCUGCAGGUGGAUUUCCCGAACGUGACGACGGAAAUUGGGGCGGCGGCUCAUUUGCUAGAUGUUUUGUACCGACUUCUCAUCACCAUGCCCAGAAAGUGCGAGGCUAUAAUCGAGGAGAACGCUGCCGGCGGUGAAGACGAGGCGAUGAGACAAAUAAAUGACGGCGGUGGCAAAAAAGUGUUGCUUGUAGAUGGUGCACGGAAGAUGAUUGAGAAAAUGCUCAAAUGCCGGCUGGGCCGCUUCAUAAAGGGGAUUCUGUUUUUAAUGCCAUGGAAGGUGAUGACCCUUUUCGUCCCAGGACUAAAGCUAGUGCUGCAACCCAUUGAGACCUCCUAUCUCCGGCGUUUCCCUCCGGCCGGCGAAGAUAAAGAAGCCGGAACACUUGAAAGGGAAAAGAAGGGCAGUAGAAACGCUGAUAAUAACAACCCUCCGUUAGCAGAGGAAAUCGCAAUCCCAUCCGUUUCUGAGCUUCAUAAAGCGGGGGUGACGUUUCUACCCAUGAAGGAAGAAGGAAUUGCGGACAUUUACUUUGAUGAUAAAAAGGUGGUGCUUUACCUGCCCUGCAUUUGCGUGGACUUGAAUACUGCGGUGUUCUUGAGAAACCUAGUAGCAUACGAGGCAGGUAUGGCGUCAGGGCCAGUAGUGUUGACACGUUACACGGAAUUGAUGAAUGGGAUUGUUGACACAGAUGAUGACGUCAGAAUUCUUAGGGAGAGAGGCGUCAUUCUUAAUCGAUUGAAGAGUGAUGAGGAGGUGACUAAGCUGUGGAACGGAAUGAGUAGAUCCGUGAGGUUGACCAAAGUGCCCUUCUUGGAUAAGGCAAUCGAAGAUGUCAACAAGUAUUACCACGCAAGUUGGAAGGUCAAAAUGGGAAAUAUAAUGAAGCGAUAUGUGUUUGGGUCGUGGCGAUUUCUCACUCUCCUUGCUGCAAUUGCGCUCCUCAUUUUGAUGAGCCUUCAGGCGUUUUGUUCCAUAUUUCGCCUUAUUCGUGUAGGGUAGUAUCAAGGGCGGUCCGGGUUUCAAUGCCCAAACUUUUCAUGGGCUUGAAAAGCCGGUCUAAGCCGAACUAAAUUUGCUGCAUGUAAACUAGCAUGUCCCCAAGCCGAUGAAGGUAAAUUACACUUCAUUAAUAAUGGUCUGGCGAUUAAUUGUAAUCGUUUAAUUAAAGAUUCAGCAAUACUAUUUUGUGUAUGGACAUGAGCAACAGGAUGUUCCACAUCAAUCCCAAUCGACAUACAAUAGUCGUUAAAUGAUUGAGAUGUAAAUUCUCCUACAUUGUCAAGUCGGAUUCUCUUUAUAGAAUGAUCCGGAAAAUGAG